AUGCACCUGUGUAGCCCGAAGGAAGCUCGGUGGGAGGCAGAGGCAGGUCAACACACGGGACCCAGCGAGGCACCGGGACAAUCCCGCCGGGAACUCUCCCUGACCCUCACCUCUCCUCGGAGCACGGCGGUGUCCGCAGGGGGAGCGCAGGAGCCGCUGGAAGGACGAGCCAGGACAGGACACGAGGAAGGAGCCCCACGCACCCCGCACCUCCCGCAGCCGGCGCGGACCCCGGCACCGCCUGGCCCAGCCCUCUGCCCGCUCCUCCCCGCCGGCGGCCUCGACGGGUCACAACGCGGUACCUCCUCCCGCCGCCGCAAACGCCCUCACCGAGCCUUAAUCACCUCUAUUCCGGCCCGUCCGUUCGCGGCCUUUCCCGUCUCAGGGAUGAAAGAAUGUCCCCGGCGCUGCCGGGGACUACAGCUCCCAGCAGGCCCCGCGCCACCCCGCCCUGCCACGUCUGCAGCGGCCCCGCGGCGCCGACGAGUCCAUCGGCCCCACGCGGGGGAGUUCGCUCCUCCCCUCCGCGCCCACUGCGUGGUUCGGUCCUCACACAUCAAAUGGCGGCGCGGGCGGGACGUGGUUAGUGCCACGUUGGCGGUGAGGAGGAGGGGCGGGCGAGCGGGGAGAGGAAACUACACGGUGCAGUUAAACCUCACAACGUUGAAGAACUGUUAGGCACACUAUCUGAAUUUCUGUUUAGGGGGAUUUGAAGUGUAGCUCCGUUAAAAUUCCAUAAUCCAUGUAAUCAGGUUGGAAGAAAGCUCUGAUGUCAUUGGUCCAACCUGUGAUCGAACAGCAGUCAGCUAGACCACGGCUCUGAGUGGUACAGACGAUUAAAGACGUCGUCUUUAAUCCUUAAAGACCUCUAGGGACGGGGACUCCACCGCUUCCCUGGACAGCCCAUUCAAAUAUUUAAUCACCCUUUCUGAGAAAUUCCUCCUGAUUUCCAAUCUAAAUCUCUGCUGGUGCAGUUUGAGGCUUUGCCCUCUGGGUCCAAUGGCUUGUUCCUGGGAGCAGAGUCCAACCCCCACCUGGCCACAGUCUCUGGUCAGGGACUUGCAGAGAGCAAGAAGGUCCCCCCUGAGCCUCCUUUUCUCCAGGCUGAGCCACCCCAGCUCCCUCAGCCACUCCUGGUGCUCCAGACCCUUCCCCAUUCUCUGUUCCCUUCCCUGGAGAUGCUCCAGCCCCUCAACGUGUCUCCUGAAUUGGGGGUCCCAGAACUGCCCCCAGGAUUGGAGGUGCCUCAGCAGUGCCCAGCACAGGUGGAUGGUCCUGGUCCUGCUGCUGCACUAUUCCCCAUUGUCGCCAGAUGCCAUCGGCCUUUCUUGCCACCUGGGCACCAUCCACCCCAUCAACACAAACAGCUCCUUUAUCUUCCUUCCCUGGCUAUGGGGAGGGGGGAGUAGGGGAAUUAAAUGGUGCUCUUGAAUCUUGCAGCCUUGACAAGACACCAAGCCCCCUUUCUAGGUUUAUAAUUAUGGGAAUUUGAAGUGUGUCUCACUUAAAAUAAUUAAGGCCUGAUAAGUAAGGCAUGACAGAGAUGCUUGCAUCAAAUGUAUGUGAAAUAUUACAGAAAACUCAGCAAAGCCAAGUAGCUUUGGAUAGUGUGAAUUUCAAGCAUUUUCUCCAGGAUUUUUUUCUUUUUUUGAAUUUCACAUUGAAAUUUAACAUUAGAGGAACACGAAUUGAGAGUGUUUGAGGAUCAAAAUUUGAGGAUCAAAAACUGAAGCAUUUAAGCAAGCGUUAUUUCUUGACAUUUCAGAAACUUCAUGUUACUCCAGUGACAAAAAAAUGCCCCCCCUUAACAGCAGUUUCAAGCCUCUUUAGAAAACAACUGAGAACGUGACACUCCAAAACCUGUAAUAUACCUUGAAGUUGUAUCCUGAUGGAGAAUAAAUCUAUACAUUCACUACAGUCUUAGAGAAACACACAUUGAGAUACUGUCAGAAUUUUUUGCUGUGCUUAAAUCCAGCUGGUUUACGAGUUUUAAGUGUCCAGCCAUUCAUUAUUUUCCAAGCUAUAUUUAUUUAUAAGAAGUUAUCUGGAAUUCUCUGUCAGGGAGAUGCUGUGAGUGAACUGCCUCUAGAGGCAAUGAACACUUGUGCCUUGUG